UUGCAGGGUGUCUGAACGCUGUCCUACUGUUUUGAGGCUACCGCCACCUGCCGGUCGAAUGCGCGACCUCUCCCACGUCCAUAGCCUGUUCAAGCUAAUCGCAUGACAUUAUUUCAAAGAAUUUAACCCCAUAGGCUUCCCAAUUGCUGCUAUUUAUUGACCCUUCACGUUCUACGAGACACCACUUCACUGUACGACCGAAAAAUCCUAUACGAUGUUAAACCGAUUAAACAAAAAAAUCCUCGAUAAAGUAGCUAACAACGCGGCACUUCUAAUCCUAUACAACGUUCACGCUAACUAAAGCCGCAGAAUAUUAUUGAAAUUCUACCUUACGACGAAUGCUCGACGCUCCGAUCUUCUCUCCACGAACGUCUCCUAUCUAAUAGAAACUUUCUCGCGAGAAUCGAAAAUUAUAUAGGAGUAAGAAAGCGAGGCGACAAAGAAAGCACGGUGAAACGCAGAGGAACGAAAAGGAAGACGCGCCCGUGCGCACCAAUGGCGGCCAGCGACCCUUAUUUACCGAGCUCAAAAUGGCUGCCCUUCGUAUUUUCACACGCUCGUGCUUUCCAGCGAUUUUGCAAGGUCCCGUCGCUCUACAGUCGGUGAAGUGCGCUUCCCCGACUAUCACCGAGAUUUAUAAGAGAUGGAGUAGUUUCAAAUCUUCUCCUAAAUACAAAGAUCCUUCUUAUUAUACCGACUACGAUAUAUCUAAUGAUCCGGUAGAAUGGAGCUAUGUAGAACGUUUAAUGAGAUAUAAGGUCAUACCACAACCAACAACUACUGAUACAAAUUUACCUUCAGGAUGGAAACCAGCCACUGCAAAACCCAGUGACCAUCCUUAUUUUAUACAACGUACAAAAAACCAUAUGCUACCUAUUUAUCUACAAAUAAAAUUUAGGGGUAUGAGAAAAGUAACACAUAUACGUAAAAUACAGGGAGAUAUUUGGAAAUUAGAGGAAGAAUUAAAGAAACAUAUUAAAGAGACAACAAAUAAAACAGUUGGUAGUAGGAUAAAUGAAAUGUGUGGUGAUAUUAAGUUUAGAGGAGAUUAUGUAUCUUGCGUUAAAAAAUGGUUACUAGCUAAAGGUUUCUAAAUUUGUCAGUGUAAAUUUUGUUUUAUAUUAUAAAUAUAAGAGUUAGAACAUUUAUAAUGUAAAUACGAUUACAUAGGAACUGUUACAACAAAAUACUUUUAUGUAUAUUUGUAAAAAUAAAAUCUUGUAUCACCUUAUAA